UUACGGAGUUUGAGGUGUGCAACGUGAAUCAUAGAUAUUCCAUCUGAGAAGUGGCGUGGUAGCUUACGGGAGUUUAGAGGUGUCAACAUGAGACGUUAGAUUUUUCCAUCUGAGAAAGUGCGUGGUAGCUUAUGGGAGCCUAGAGGUGUGCAACGUGAGACGUUAGAUUUUUCCAUCUGAGAAAGAGGCGUGUAGCUUACGGAGUUUAGAGUGUCAAUGUGAGACGUUAGAUUUUUCCAUCUGAGAAAGUGGCGUGGUAGCUUACGGGAGUUUAGAGUGUGCAUCGUGAGGAAAAUAUUAGGAUCCGUUGCUAUGGUACCGUAUGAUUAUUAUGAGAAUGUGUGAGAAAGAGGGGGUUGAAGUAAAUCUCUAACCCUAAGGAUAACCAACCAACCAAACCCACCACCACCACAAUAAACGGGGUCAGAGAUCACCGGGGUCUGCCCGGUAUAUUAAUCCCACUUACACUGCUCAGUCCGUUCUCCCCGUUGGUAGUAUCAUGUCUUAUGAUAGUAAUGCUACUGGUAUUGGUGCUGCUGGUGCCAAUAGCAGUUCACCCAACAAAAAGAAACAGAAGAUGUCUCCUCCCUUGGAAUCUCUUCUCUUGGCUGGCGAAGAGAUUUCGAUCCAAGGCAUUCUUCCCUUUGUGGGGGUUGGACUCGAAACAUUCUGUAACCAGCCCCGUGCAGAAUUCUGGCUCAAGGACAAUUCCUACCAUAAAACACCGGAUCGGGAUCAUGUUUGCACUGCCAUUGCCACAGUUGGAAAUCUUACUGUCAUGCAGUGGGCACGACGACAAAAAGAAAUAUUCCCAUGGGAUGAAGAGACAUGUGCUAGAGCUGCUAAGAAUGGACAACUGGAAAUGCUGAUUUGGUUAAGAGAGAAUGGUUGUCCAUGGAAUGAGCGGACAUGUGAAAAAGCUGCUCAGGGUGGUCAUCUUGAUGUGCUCAAAUGGGCUCAUGAAAAUGGCUGUCCAUGGAAUGCAUUAACAUGUGCCAGUGCUGCUGAAGGUGGCCAAUUGGAAAUUCUGAAGUGGGCUCGUGAAAAUGGUUGUCCAUGGACUUAUCUAACAUGUCUUGAGGCUGCUGCAGAAGGGCACUUGGAAAUAUUGAAGUGGGCUCGUGAAAAUGGUUGUCCAUGGCAUCCUUGGGCAUGCGCAGAUGCUGCUCGACACGGACAUUUGGAAAUUUUAAAGUGGGCUCGUGAAAAUGGUUGUCCAUGGGAUGAACAAACAUGUACCUAUGCUGCUCAAUUUGGAAACUUGGAAAUUUUCAAGUGGACUCGUGAAAAUGGGUGUCCAUGGGAUGCAAGGACAUGUGCAAAGGCUGCUCGACACAGACAUUUGGAAAUUUUCAAGUGGGCUCGUGAUAAUGGGUGUCCAUGGGAUGAACGAACAUGUACCUCUGCUGCAGAAGAGGGACAUUUGCAAAUUUUGAAGUGGGCUGGUGACAAUGGUUGUCCAUGGAGUGGAAUGACAAGUUACGGUGCUGCUCUAUAUGGCCAAUUGGAAACUUUGAAGUGGGCUUGUGAAAAUGGUUGUCCCUUGGAUGAUGAGACAUGUGAGGCUGCUGCUGAAAAUGGACAUUUGGAAGUUCUAAACUGGGCUCGUGAAAAUGGUUGUCCAUGGAGUGCAGCAACAUAUCAAGCUGCCUGCCAGCAUAACCGGAGGGAAGUGAUCCAGUGGCUAGGUGACAGUGGCUGCCCUGGGUCUCGUGAUGAAGGACACUAA